GUUUACAAAAGAUACUGCCAGGUUCAAGGAUGAAUUAGAUAUUAUGAAGUUCAUUUGCAAAGAUUUUUGGACAACUGUAUUCAAAAAACAAAUAGAUAACCUAAGGACUAAUCAUCAGGGUAUUUAUGUCCUUCAAGAUAACAAAUUUCGUCUCUUGACACAAAUGUCUGCGGGAAAGCAGUAUUUAGAACAUGCACCAAAGUAUUUAGCAUUUACCUGUGGACUAAUCAGAGGAGGCCUAUCGAAUUUGGGAAUAAAGAGUAUUGUAACAGCUGAAGUUUCAUCAAUGCCUGCAUGUAAAUUUCAAGUGAUGAUACAGAAGAUGUAGAGCACAUUCAAAUCUGGGUAUCUACCUUAAAAAUCCUUUGUGUGUGGAUGCAGCAUCUUGGUUCAGCUUUGUACAUAACUUGUAAAUUAUAGCAGUGCGCAGCACAAUUCCAAAAUAUAUAAUAAAUGUUCAUCAAAAUAACUUAA